AUGGCUUUCUCAAAUUCUACCACUGAUAAUCUUUCUAAUCUUGUCCACCCUCUGUUUCUUCAUCCCGGUGAGAACCUAGCUCUCGUUCUUGUCAAUCCUCCUCUCUCUGACACCAAUUAUCAACAAUGGCGGCACGAUAUGCUUGUCGCUCUUGAAACCAAGAAUAAAGACAAAUUCGUUCUUGGUAUUAUUUCUUGCCCUCCUCCUGAUGAUGUUCUUCACGAAGGCUGGAAAAGAUGCAACAAGAUGGUGAUCUCAUGGAUGACGCGCUUCAUGACUCUACCCAUCAAACAAUCUGUUAUGUGGAUGGAUUCUGCGUACGACAUUUGGACCGAUCUCCUUCAACGUUUUUCUCAUGGCGAUAAGUUUAGCAUCGCUGAUCUCCAAGAAGCACUUCAAUCUUGCAAACAAGGUGAUUUAACUGUCUCUCAGUAUUAUACUCGUCCUCAAAUAAUUUGGAAAGAACUUUCUUUAUAUAAGACGAUUCUUGUCUACACUUGUAAUUCUCCUUGCAAUUGUGGCUUAUUGACCAAGAUUCAACAACAACGCAACGAUGAUUCUGUCAUCAAGUUUCUCCGUGGAUUAAACGAUGAAUUUUCUUCAGUCGGUUCUCAAAUCAUGUUAAUGGAACCCAUGCCGACUCUCCCUAAAACCUUUUCUUUGGUCCUUCAACAAGAACGGGAAUUUCACAAUUUCCCCUCACGAAUUCCACAAGAUUCAGUGGCUAAUUUCAAUUUCCAAGACCCUCAGACCAAGACUUCUCAUACCUCUCGUGGUGCGUAUUUUGGUCGUGGACGAGGACGUACUACUAAAUUUGGUGGUCAUGCCAAAUACUGCGAUCAUUGCAAAAGAACCAAUCACACCUCUGACAAUUGCUGGAUCAAAUAUGGCCUUCCUCAAGGCUAUAAACCCACCAUCAAACCAAAUUCUGCUAUCUCCAAUCCCUCUGUCAACCUGACUGAUGGCGUUUCACACACCUCCAAUGACUCCUCCACUGAUAAAACCCAAGUUCAAUACACUUUUUAUCAAGAGUAG